GCUAUAAAGGGAAGUCUUUCCCUUGACACAACACAACUUUAAACUUCCACCAUUCCACCCCAAUCUUUUCUGUCCAGGAGUCUGCAUCUCAUUUGAACUUUAUCUGCUGUGAUCAGUCACAAUGUCGCUGGUGGCCGAGUUCUUGGGUCAACUCACCCUAAAUGUUGGGGUCGAGCCCACCUACCCCACAGUGUUACCGGCCAGAGACGUUGACCCUGACCGAGAUGCCGCGAGGAUAGAAACAGCCAUCAAAACCAAAGGAGUGGAUGAACAAACCAUCAUCGAUAUCCUAACAAAAAGGACCUACUCCCAAAGAAGAGAGAUUGCAUUUGCUUAUGAAAGGAGAGCCAAGAAGGACAUGAUCUCAGCCCUGAAGGGGGCGCUGUCGGGCUCUCUGGAAUCAGUCAUCCUGGGCCUCAUGAAGAGCCCAUCCCAGUUUGACGCCUCAGAGAUUCGAGGUUCUAUUAAGGGAUUGGGUACAGAUGAAGAGACGCUCAUCGAGCUUGUGUGCUCCCGUAGCAACUCGGAGCUGGUUGAGAUUAAGAGGGUCUACAAGGAAUUGUUCAAAAAAGACGUGGAAAAGGACAUUGCCGGAGACACAUCUGGAAACUUCGGAAAGCUGCUUUUGGCCCUCGUCCAAACCAAAAGAGCCGACCCUUCUGCCAUGGUAGAUUAUGAAAGGAUUGAUCAAGAUGCAAGAGCACUGUAUGAAUCUGGUGUGAAAAUUAAAGGCACUGAUGUCCCCACCUGGAUCUCCAUUAUGACGGAGAGGAGCGUGCCACACCUCCAGAAAGUUUUCGACAGGUACAAGAGCUACAGCCCUUAUGACAUGCAGGAGAGCAUCAGGAAGGAGGUCAAAGGGGAUCUGCAGAACUCUUUCCUGGUUCUAGUUCAGUGCAUUGAAAACAAACAGAUGUUCUUCGCCAACCGCCUGCACGAAGCCAUGAAGAGCAAAGGCGCCAAAGAGAAGGUGUUGACGAGGAUCAUCGUGUCCCGCUGUGAGGUCGACCUGAGGAAGAUCUGCACCGAUUUCAAAGCCCAGUUUGGACAGUCUCUGCAGAGAACCAUAUCUGAGCACACCAAGGGAGACUACCAGAAGGCCCUGCUCAGCCUGUGUGGCCCAGAGGAGUAAAACAGCACCACCAACUGGACAAGAUAGUUACAACUUCAACAAAACGCCUGGACAUGCUACCUUUUAUACCUGUAUAAGUAUUAGUCAUGAUUUCUGUGUAAACAAGAAUUCAAUAAAAACAAUCAUUUGAAGUUAA